AUGUUCACCGGUAUCAGCAAGAAGGCUGUUUGGGGAGUGGCUCGUCGGCCGCCAGUGAACAUCGUCACUACGGCUCGCAUCCAUCCUAGACCUCCUACUAUGCUAAAUCAAGGGCGAUUCCUUUCGAAGACCUUCUGCACUGCCUCUUCUAAUUUGGGCGUUUCCAAGAUCGCUGAUCUCGAUCCGUCGGCACCUAAUUUUACCAAUUCAUUGCGAGAAGUGCUGAGCGAGGGGGAGCAGAUAUCAGCUCUUCCAGUAGCGGACCGACUUCAGCUCCUUACCGCGAUCGUUCAGCAUGGAAAAUACGAUGCAUCUUCGCCUGAGCUGAAGCAGGUUCUUGACAGUACGAUAUCGGAAGCCCGUGAAGGUUUGAUACAAAGUUCUGACGAUCUCCUCCACCUUGCAUGGGUCCUUUGCGGUCUCAAACAGAAGGAGGCUCUUCGAAGCCUUCUCCCGACGAUGAAACGUCACAUCGAAUCGCCAGAACUGAUCGUCUAUGUGGUGCACUACCUUCGAAUGGCUGACGUCAAGGGGGAUCUCGCCGUGCAUGAGUUCCGAACGAUCGAACCCCUCAUCUCCAUCGUCUCUGGCCGUUUGGAUGAGCUCACUGAUGCUGGUGUAAAGCUCCUCCUCGGCGAACUGGCUGCCUGCAACUACGCCAACAAGGCCGGCCGGGACUUUUUAGAGAAGGUUACCCCUACUCUUGCCGUUGGGCUGUCUCAGCGACUGAACGAGUUGGACUCGGCUACGGUCGCCACUCUGGGAGCCCUGGCAGCUGGUGCGCGACCGUUUAGUGACGAGGAAAAGGCCGCGGUCGAAGCUAUCGCGUCCGCUGCUAUGAACGCUGACCUCUCCGGUCUGCCUUUCUCUACCCUCCUUGGUUGUCUACGACUAAGUGAACUCACAGGCUGUUGCAAAGACCUCGCCCUUAAGUUCUACGAUAGAGCUCUUGAACUGUCCAACGAGCUCAGCUAUGAUCAGACGGUCGCCUUAGCCCCGGAGGUGUGCGGAAAGGAGUGGCCUAAGGCUAGCCGAGAAGCUAUGGUUCAGAGCUGUAUCCGAUCUCUGAAACGGGAACUCGUCGAUGGUUUUGUCAACUUGGACGGUCGCUUGCCCGAGUUCGCCCUUCUCGCCGAGUUGCUUUGGAUUUCCGGAAAGCGUGAUCGUGUCACUCUGAAGAGGAUUUCUGAUAGAGUGUGUCGACCUGAGAUCCGCGAGCAAGCAGUGGCUCAAGGUUUGGCGCCCUUUGACAAUGCUGGUCACGCUGGUAUUACUUCUAUUAUGAAGGCCUUCACUACACAUGGCUUCUGGCACCCGGGCACGGUCGAGGUCAUCAAUGAGGUCCUCACCAAACCAGAUUGCUGGAGUAGCCUGAGGGACAAUCGCACCCAAAUAGCUCAUCAGACGGCGCUGUACCUGCUGGGGACGCAGUACUAUAAUGAGGAGGUGAUGAAGCCUAUGGUCGACGAUGUGACGAGAAGUGUGGCCGCAUGCGGCUACUUUGGUGGUCAGGGCCGUUUCGUCUAUUAUGGCGCUAUCACGUUCGCACUGGGCGAGCUCGGAUAUCGUCAUGACGGUUUCGUCAAUGCUGUUUAUGACGCGGUUCGGGACUGCUUUGCUCGUGGUCAGUGGGAUGGCUUCUUCAAUGGCGAUGGUCGCUUCGAGGAGCAACGUUUGCAAGGCAUCAUCCACACACUAUAUGGGCUCACUCUACUCGGAGAGCACACCCGCCCGGACUGGGACGUUGUCCUCAAUGGCUUCUUCGGAAUGGAGGGUCUCGAGAACUGGGUUUAUGAUCCGUCCACUUUCAAGUACCGACAAGUCGUCCUGAUCUCGCAAACUGCUGAUGAGGAAACGAUGGGGAAACUGUCCCCUCAGGCCAAGUCGACGAUUGAGGCCAUUCGGGCCAACUUCGGUAGCUUCGACAGGAACAGCGACCGAGAGGAGUCCCGAAGGUCACGAGAGGUUGCCGAGUUCGCCGACCGUGUGAAGAAAGUCUGCCCGAAUAUCAUCUCGGCCACCGGGGUGGAGGUUGGCAUGUACCGAGUGGAUAUGCGCUUUACUAUUCCUCAAGUCACUGCCACAGAGCUCCUUGACGGUGAAGAGGCCAAGGUGGAUAGAGAUUUGAUCGUUGGUGUGCCGUAUCGCUCUAAGUCGCAGCUUCUGAGGGAUGCCAAGGGCGAGUUUAGAUACUCUAAGGGAUCCGCCAAGUUCAGCGACAUGUUAGUCUCUCGCAACUCUGGCUGGGAUAGUGUCUACCCUGUGACCGAAUUCGAGGCGGCUGAGAUGGCCGGCAGUCAUGAUGACGAUUUGCUCAUGGGUUGGCUCCGCGAUGUGGUAAAGAACGCGGCCUGGAAGAAGUCUCCGACCGAGACAGCGCCGGCGACAGGCGCCGCCGUGGGAGUAUCGGAUGAAGUCCACAAGACGGUUGGCCGAGUGACGGAGCGUGCUGCUCCGCUGCCGCCUUUACCUCCGAGGCGAGUCGUGACGCCUCCCCCACCCCCGCCUCCAAGACACUAAUUGUAAUCAACUCUUUAUUUACUUAACAAAAACACCAUAGAUAAUUGUUUCUGAAGA